UCACCGCUGUACACAUCUUUCCCACUCCCUUCACACAGAAAUCAAAUCAAAAUUUGGUUAAAAUUAAUCGCUAGAAGAAAAUGAGGAGAGGAAUUUCUUCACUAAAAUCCCUAGGGUUUGUUAAAAAACCAACAAUAUCAAACAAAAUUUUCUUGAUUGCCCUUCGCUUUCACUCUAAUUCUCCUCCUAGUCUAUUGGAGAAUUACAAGAAUUUGGUUGAGCAAGGGAAGGUACAGCAUGAUCCGUACCAGGAAAGAGUAGCUUUUGAAUUAGAGAAAUUGCUUUCUAGAUUACAGCAAUACGAGAAAGAUAUGGAGGAUUAUUACGUAAAGUUGACGGAAUGGGAGGAGAAGAGGGAGGAGGAGAGGCUGAAGCUUUUGGUCAAAGAAGCGAAGGAGAAGCAAGAAACUGGCGGAGGAGGAAUCUGGACGUCGGUGAACAAGCAGAGGAAUCGAAUUUUGGAAAAAUUUGCUAUUUUCGGGAAAAAGGGAGCAGAAAUAGAACCUGGAGUGGGUAGGUGGGUUUCAUACUUAAAUAGAGAGAGGAAAUUGGAUUCACUUGUUGGUCGGAGGCCGAUUGUUCCUCCAGCUCCGAAAGGAUUGUACAUUUACGGCAAUGUUGGAAGUGGGAAGACGAUGCUGAUGGACAUGUUUUAUAGUGCGACUGAAGGAAUGGUGAAACAUCGAAUAAGGUUUCACUUUCAUGAGGCUAUGCUAAAUAUAAAUGCACGUAUGCAUAAGAUUUGGAAGAAUCAAGUAGAGGGAAAAUCUUUGCAGUCAAACAUAUCUAGUUGGAUUACAAAUCUGCCCUUUGAUAUGAAAGUCAAGGAGUGGUUAGUUGCUGAAGAGAGAUAUAAACAAGAUGUGCAGAUGAAAAACAUUCUUCUUGCUGUAGCAGAUGAGUUUCUCAUGGACCAGCAAGCAGAUGAAAGAGGGGCUAGCAUUCUUUGCUUUGAUGAAAUACAGACUGUUGAUGUAUUUGCUAUUGUGGCCUUAUCCGGAAUUCUAAGCAGAUUGCUGACUACUGGAACAGUUCUUGUGGCAACCAGUAAUCGAGCACCGAGGGAAUUAAAUCAGGAUGGCAUGCAGCGAGAUAUCUUUCAAAAAUUGGUUUCAAAGCUGGAGGAGCACUGUGAGAUAAUUCUGAUUGGAAGUGAGAUUGAUUAUCGCCGUUUCAUAGCACAAAGAUCUAAUGACCAGGUUAACUACUUCUGGCCUUUGGAGAGCAGCGCUCUGAAGGAGUUUGAGAAAAUGUGGUGUCAGGUCACAAAUCAGUUGGGAGGACAAAUCACCUCUGAGACUAUCCCAGUUAUGUUUGGGAGAGUGUUGGAUGUUCCUGAAAGCUGUAAUGGAGUGGCAAAGUUCACGUUUGAGUAUCUAUGUGGCCGGAUGGUAGGUGCAGCAGAUUAUAUUGCACUAGCAAAAAAUUAUCACACUGUCUUCAUUUCUGAUAUUCCAUUGAUGAGCAUGGAAAACCGUGACAAGGCACGCAGAUUUAUCACUCUCAUUGAUGAGUUGUACAAUCAUCAUUGCUGCCUAUUUUGUUUUGCAGCUUCUUCUAUUGAUGACUUGUUUCAAGGAACUGAAGAGGGUACACCUUUUGACUUAGAAAGUUUCCAAUUUGAAACAGAGACAGAAGGUGGCAAACUUCGCACAAAUGUUUUAGCUAAAGGCAAUGUAGGCUCGGGAGGUGUACCAUCUGGGAUAGUUUCUAUGCUUUCUGGACAAGAAGAGAUGUUUGCCUUCCGCAGAGCAGCUUCUCGUUUGAUCGAAAUGCAGACACCGCUGUACUUGGAAGGAGUUCGUAGUCUUCAUCCUCAUUUCCAGAAGCAACACCAAGGAUUUGGAAAUAUUCUUUCAAGCAACCUGCAAGCUCGAGCUUCAUCUUGAGAAAUAAUUAAGCGUACUUGCAAUAAAUUAGCCCUUCCAACACAAAUAGAUGUGAUAUUGUAAUAAUGGCGUCUGUACCUCCUAUCUCCAAUUCAUUUGAUUAUUUGUUAUUAAGGAAUAAGCACUGACUAUUUAUCUUGUAAGGUUACAGUUCUAAAGUUACUGUAGUAAGAGAAUUGUUGACUCGCCUCA